GUACCUCUAUCGAAUGGUAUCGUGGUGUGUAUCAUCUCCACCGAAAUAGAAUCAAACAAUGAAAUCAAGACCACUUGGCCAACAAGUUCAUAUCGGCCAGGCCAAACAAUGCAUUACAAAGGCUUAUUUAGCUUAAAAUGGUAUCCAAGCGCCAAGCCUUUACUAAUUGAGAUUGAGAUGGAGGCAUAUGAUAACUACGACAAUGCAAUUGAUAAAAUGCCAAAGUCGAUCAAAUUAGAUCAGAAUGGGGCAGCAACUAACACAAUAGACAGGGCGUUACGUCCGUUCAUUAGCCACUAUUCUCACCAUCUUAUUCCUGAUUCAGGAAAAUAG